AUGGGAGGUUUAGGCUUAACAAUAACAUGCGCAAUCGGGGCAGGCGCACUUGGUUUGAGUGCAGCCACCCUCCCUUUUGUCCUUCCUGCUUUUCGACGUGUUUGUAUACCUUAUGUGCCGGCUACUGUUAAACAAAUCGAAAAUGUUGUUAAAUUGAUGGAUCAAUACAAAAAUUUAAACCCCGCCACAAGAGGGCUAAAAAUAAUUGAUUUGGGCAGUGGAGAUGGAAGAGUUGUAAGUAAAUUUAUUUUUUUUUUUUUGGUUCAGAUUUUGAAUUUGGUUGUUUGA